CAUCAUAGAAGAAUCCAGAAAAUCGAACAACACUACCCGACUCAAUCCCCUUCUCCUCUCACUUUCUCUCUGCUCUCCCUCUCCCUCUUCGCCUCCGAUCGCCGGAGAGCGCCACCGCCGCCGCCGGAGAUCGCCGUCGCCGGAGAUGCCGCCGAAGAACCAGGCAUCGAAGGCGGACCUCGCGAAGAAGCAGAAGGUCGUGGAGGACAAGACCUUCGGGCUCAAGAACAAGAAUAAGAGCAAGAACGUCCAAAAGUACGUCCAGAGCCUCCAACAAUCCGUCCAACCCAAGCCCGAUCCCAGCAAGGCUGCCGCUAAGAAGAAGAAGGAGGAGGAGAAGGCCCGGGACAAGGAGCUGAACGAUCUCUUCAAGAUCGCCGUGAGCCAGCCCAAAGUCCCAGUUGGCGUCGAUCCGAAGUCGAUACUAUGCGAAUUCUUCAAGGCGGGGCAGUGCCAGAAGGGGUUCAAGUGCAAGUUCUCGCACGAUUUGAAUGUCCAGAGGAAAGGGGAAAAGAUCGACAUUUACACCGACAAGCGUGAUCAAGAAACAAUGGAGGACUGGGAUCAGGAGACACUAGAGAAGGUUGUGGAGUCGAAGAAAAACGAGUACAACCAAAACAAGCCGACCGAUAUUGUUUGCAAGUACUUUCUCGAAGCAGUGGAGAAGAAACAAUAUGGCUGGUUUUGGGUUUGCCCUAAUGGGGGAAAGGAUUGCCACUACAGGCAUGCUCUUCCACCUGGAUAUGUGCUGAAGUCUCAAAUGAAGGCUUUGUUGGAGGAAGAGGCUGAAAAAAUGCCUAUUGAAGAGGAGAUUGAAGAACAGCGUUCGAAACUUACAGCUUCCACUCCUAUAACUCCCGAAUUGUUUAUGCAAUGGAAGAAUAAAAAGAUGAAAGAGAGAGAAGCCGGCCUUGCUGCCCUGCGUGCAGAGAGGGCGAAGAAUGAUAGGAUGAGUGGUCGUGAGUUGUUUUUGUCGGAUGCAAGCUUGUUUGUUGAUGAUGCCGAAGCAUAUGAUAUAUAUGAAAGAGAGGAAGAACCUGAUGCUGCUGAAGAAAGGGUCAAGGAUAAUAAAACUCAGCCUGAGGGGCCGAGUUCUUCAACUUCAUUUAGCAAGGAAGCUGAAGAAGUGCUUGCAGAAGAGGAUGAUGAUGACGAUGAAUUGGACAUAGACGAGCUGAAUGAGCUCGAAGCAAGCCUUUCCAAAGCAUCUAUUCAGAUCCGUGAGCCGAGCAUAGAGGCAUCAUCCUAAGCAGCAUGCGAAGUUUUGCUUAUUUUGCAUUAAUCUUUUUGUGCUCUAUUUGGCUAUUGCUACAAUCGCCUGCUGGAGUUCACAUGCCAUGAGACUAGGGUCUCAAUGGAUGAUGAUCUGUAGUUUUGCCUUACAAGCGUCGAAAAGUGACGGCUUGUGUUAUGAUCAUAGACGUCUGUACUGUAUCGCACCCCCAUCCCCACUUUUUUAUCACUUUGCUAUUUAUAGGACUGAGGUUUAGUUGCUAAUUGUUGGUGCAGUUUUGAUGAUGCUAUUCCUUGUUUAUCUGGUUAUUAAAGACCAAAUUUUCCUGUAUUCUCUACUUUGUGCAUUGAAUGGAAUUGCUGUCUCAGUUAUAAA